AUGUUUCUUGUCGGAUUUUUUAAAAUUUUCUUCAGAGUAUAUUUCGGGCCGAAGGAAGGUCUCGGGGUUUUGGGUAAUCCAACAAGACAUGUUAUAGGGAAUAAAUUAACAUUUGGGCACCGUUCCUGUAAAACUUUCUUUUUUCAAGGCAAUCAGGAUGACUCAACAGCUCGCCGUCUUCUUUUAAUGAACAAUUGGGAUGUUCAACGUGCCAUAAAUAUUUUCUUUAUGAGAGGCGCUCCUCCUCCAGAACGACAACAAAAAAGCGAUGACAGUGAUGAUGAAGAUAUUAUUGUGGAUGAAGAUGAUGAAAUUCAACCAAUUCAGCCUUCCUUUGAACCGAAAAGACGAAUUUCGCAUUUUGUGAAGAGAAACAAAAAUAUGGAAAAGAACCAAACAGCUGAAAACAAAAAAGAAGAUAAAAAGGAUAAUUCAGAAGACAAUAUUCGUGCCCCAAUUCCUGCAGUUAAAGGUGUUAUGUUGGCUCAAAGUUAUCGUCAAACUUAUGAAAAUGGCAGUGUUCGUCCAACAACGUCUCAUUCAGUUUUUGAACAAUAUCGCAAUUUGCAACCAAAUGAAAAGUCUUCUGAAACUGUCGAGGAAGUAAUGGAAGAAUCAGCUGCAACCUCGAGUUCCUCAAUACAAGAAAAAUUUAAACAAAAAGGAGGAUUUUCUCCGCCAACGAAUAGUUUUAAGAAAAUUAAACUUCAUCAUCGAACAUUGGAAGCAGAAAAUGGAAAACAACAUGAUAAUAAUAAAGAGAAGUCAAUCGUGGGUAAUGACCGGACAAAAGAAGAAUCUUCAACAACAGCAACAACUGGCGGCUUUGGACAAGGACUUAAAAAGCGGAAAGAUUUGCGUCUUUUAUUUCGACCACCAACAGAUUUAAUUUUUUAUGGAGAUUGGGAUAAGGUUUAA